AAGUCCCGUUGCAGAGAUGAGGUGAAAGUCGGCGGGUUGUUUUGUUGUCGUUUUUUGCAAAAGGGAAGGCCGCUCGUUUGUUUUUUUUCCAUGCAAAACCUCCCGCGGGCGGCGAUGAGCGGCGGCGGCGGCACCGGAGCGAAGCAGCGGCGAUUGCAGCUGCAAACGGAGGGAGAUAAGGAAAGGGAGGAGGAGAAGGCGGCGCCAGCUGCAGCAGCAGCAGCAGCAGCUGCGAUGGAACGUUGCCCGGGAGAACGCGGCGGCCCGGCCGCGGUUGCCGUGGAGAUGGAACGUGGCCCGGGCGGCCCGGCCGCGGUUGCCGGGGAGAUGGAACGUGGCCCGGGCGGCCCGGCCGCCGUUGCCGGGGCGACGCUGCGGGCGCUGGGCGCGUGCCAGAGGCGGCUGCUGACGCUGGCCCGCCGCGCCGGCUGCGAGGUGCUGCGGGUGGAGCGGCGCUACGGCGAGCUGAGGAGGCCGCACUUGCAGCGGCGGGGCCGGCUGAUCGAGCGCAUCCCCGGCUUCUGGGUCACCGCCGUAUCCUUUUAUUAUUAUUUUUUUUGCAUUUGCAACGUUGCAUUUUGCAUUUGCACCGUUGCAUUUUGCAUUUGCACCGUUGCAUUUUGUUUGAAACCUCGGUUGCAUGCAUGCAUGCAUUGGUGCGUGCAUCAGAACGUUUCGGUGCAGAUAUUAAGCCUGUGUUGCAUGCAUCUGCGUGUUGCAUGCAUCUGCGUGUUGCAUGCAUCUGCGCGGAGGCCGGUGUCACAGUCGACUCCCAUCAAGUGGAAGCCAGGGAUGGAGUUGACGAGCGAAGUCAAGGAGCCCGGAACCCUCGUGCAUCACCACGGCCCGCCGCGGAGCUUCUUCUGCUGGUUCUCCGAGCACCGCAACCCCACCACGGACCACAUCGCAGAGGUGCUGAAGGAUGACAUGUGGCCCAACCCCUUACAGUAUUUCCUCGUAGCGGACAGUGAGAGCGGGGAGAACGGCCUGGAGGACAGCGAUGAAGAAAAUGGCGGAGAUUCGGUGGUGAUCGUGGAUGGGGAUGAUGAAGACGAUGAUAUUCAGGAAAUACUGGAGGAUGAUGAAGGUGAAGGCCCCAACAUGCCCCGUCUACACUAGUCCCACCCCGACCAACAUGCCCCGUCUA